CGUCAAGACGCACUCUCAAAUGGCGUCCGGUGUUUGUAGACCCAUGGUGCUGGUUUGGCUGCUCCUGGCAACGAGAAGCCUCGCUCAGUUGCAGUAUUCCUACACUGAUCAUGCUACCGCCCUUCGGAAACACUUGACGAUUGGCUAUGAUCCAAUGGUGCCACCCAGGAGUCAGAGACGGGUGAACUACAGUGCGGCUGGAACCGAUGUGGGAAUGUCGAUUCGAUUCUUCAAGGUCCAGGGGGUGAGUGCUUCCACUGGGCAAAUGCGGCUGAAAGUGUGGGUGCGAUUGAGAUGGACCGAUGAUCGAUUACGCUGGAACCCUGAAGACUAUGGCAAUAUAUCGGAAACAAAUUUCUAUGGCGGCGACAUCACUGACAGGGAAAACACUGAGAUUUGGGUCCCGGACAUUCAGCCGUACAAUUCCAACGUCGGGAUCCAAGUCAGCCUGGACAGGACCGCUCCGACGGUCUACUCCACUGGCGUCGUUUUCUGGUCACGGCCGGGGCUGAUUGAUAUCCUGUGCAAGUUUUCGGGAUUAGUUGCCUUUCCCUUCGACAACCUGAAGUGCGCCAUGGAAUGGGGCGGUUGGUCCUUUUCCAGCGUGACUCAGGGGAUUUAUCUUGAGGGGGAUGGCUAUGUUUUUCUUUCCAGCGAAGACACCGCUGGCGCUUCCUAUCAAGAGUAUUCCAUCAAGAAAGUCGAAGUGGACCUGAAGACCACCUUUUAUGAAGCCGCUGGAACGGAUGCCUGGACUGUUGUGAAGUACACUGUGGAGUUGAAUCGUGCCGCCUUCUACUACGGCACCCUCAUCCUUUUCCCCACCAUCCUCGUCACGGUGCUCUCCUUCGGGGUCUUCUUUAUGUCACAUGAGGUGGGCGAACGUCUCUCCUUUGGCAUUACCUUGUUGCUGGUCGUGGAGGUGAUGCGGUCGACCGUCUCCACCUUUGUGCCCAUUUGUGGUGAACUCCUGUGGAUUGACCUGUUCAUGCUGGUGAACUCUGUCUUUUGCUGCCUGAGCUUGCUGGAAACGAUGACCGUGCUCUUCUUUGCGUUUCAUACGGAUGAACACUUGCUCCCGACUUGGCUCGCUUGGCUGGCGCCCUGGAUCUUCUGGCGAGGAGGGCGGCGAACUGGACCGGUGGAAUCGCAAGCAGGUAGCAUCUUUCGACGGUUCAGCAAGGGGAUUCUGAAGGAACCCAAGACGCCCAUGAGCAAGAUUGAAGAGAACUUGAAGGAAGGGAAACUCACGGAGAGCGAUACGGCGAAGCUUAUUUUCUUCGAGAACCUCUUUUACAUGUUGGACUCUGACUCGAAUGGCUUGAUCACUGUUGAGGAUGCUUGUUGCAUGUUGAGCUUUGUCAACCUGAGCAUGUCCCGGCAAGCCUUGAAGGGCUUCCUGGAAGAGAACUGGCCAGAGCACAAGCGCUUCAAUUGCAGUGACUUUGUGGAGAUUUGCGUUGAGCUCAUGUGGGUGAUGCCUUUCCACGAGAUCAAGAUGGGCGCCGAGAACUACAUGAGUAGCUACAACCGAUUUACGAAGCUUUGUGCCAACUACUGGCUGAGCUGGUCCAAGACCGUGGAUCGCUGGUCCCGGUUCUGGCUUCCGAUGUUCUACUUUUGCGCUCUGGGCAUUCUCUUCAAUCUCGAACUCACCGAUGACUAUUUGGGGGGCGCCGGCUCCAACGAGAUGUUCCAAGGCUUUGGCAAUGGAUACAUGUCCGUGGCAGGGGUCUUCCGUGCUUUGGUCAUGCCCAUUUUUGCGGGCAUUUCCGUUGCCGCGUGGUUCUACAUGCGGAGGCAGGCAAAGCAGAAGAGAGCUGCUUUGGGAAUGAGAGAGAGUCAGGUGACACCAAUGCCACCACAGGAAGAAGAGGAAGAGCCGGAGGAAAUGAUGAAACCCAUCGUCCCACGUUGGUCGAUCAAGCCCGGAACAGCCGGGAUGCCUGGGAUGCUUCCCAUGAUGCCGCCUGCCACCGACUAAGUCGGAGGAGACUCCAAAGCGUGCGACCGGAGCGAGGUGAAGCGCGUGUGACCGACCUGGCUCGUUGUGGGAUUCUUGGAUUCACCAAGCUUGGAACAAGCGCCUCAUCGGUUUGAGAAAG